AUGAUCAAGCUCAUGAUCUGUGGCCUCAAGCCCGAGAAGGCCUGGCCAGCGCACGAGGUUGGUCGCCCCGAAAGCAAGCGUUUCCUCUUGGACAUUGUUGCCAACAAGCGCAACGGUCUUGAUGUUGAUAAAUUCGACUACUUUGUGCGAGACAGUAUUUGUGCCAUGGGAGCUCCUCCUAUCCAAUGUGACAUUCAACGAAUCAUUCGUUCCUCCCGCAUUAUCAACGUGGACAAUCAAAAUCAAAUUUGCUACGAGGAAAAGAUGGCGCUACAGCUCAUUGAUCUCUUCAAGCUUCGUGCUUGGCUGCACAAGUUUGUUUACCAGCACCACACCGUCAACUGCAUUGAGGAGAUGAUUUGCGAUGCCCUACGCUCCGCUGAUGAGCCCUUCAUGUCGUUGGGGUUCCUCAACUGCGACGCUUCGCGCUUAUCCGAGGCUGUGGAUGACGUUGAGGCCUUUUCUCGCAUGGGUGACUGGCUGCUCAACGCCAUUGAAGCCAGCUCCGCCCCCACGUUGGCCGAGAGUCGCGAUGUGCUCUUUCGCCUGCGCCAGCGUAGCCUGUACCUCUCGGUCGCCGUACCAACCGACCUCGGGCACGAGCACCUUCGCACCAAGACAGAGCAGGAAAUUCUGAGUGAGAUUUUGACCUUGCUGCCGACCGACGCCAACAAAGAGCACUGCAAGCGCGACCUGCUCGUGCACUUUACCAGCAUUGACUUUGGCUCGCGAGACGAAAGGGGCCGAGCCAACAACCCGAUUCACAAGAUCCGAUUCUACAACCCCAAGAUCAAUGCCGACGUGGGCUUUCAGCUCAAGCGCCGGAUGCCCGACAUGCUGAUGCCCCGUGCCUUCUCUGAGAAAUUGCUCUAUGUCUACAGCCGCUCGGAUGAAAGUUUUGACAUGCUGGACGCAGCCUAUCGCCGCUGGCGCGAUAUGAUCCAUCGACGUGUUGAACGCUUUGAGGCCACCGCUGCUCCUCCACAAACUCCUCCAACCUCUGAUAGCAUGUUGACACCUGUGGCCACCGGUAACCAGCCCAGCCCGAUGCGGCACGCUAUUCGCCUACGUCGUACUCAAUCACGACAACAGGCUACUUCCUCGGUUGCCCUGCGCAAGUUCAACUCGACCUGA